UAGUGUCUCAUUGACGUUUAACGUGUAAUAUUUCUGGGUAGUUUAUUGAUUUGUAUGCAUAAUUUUGCGAAUGAUAUUAAUAUAAAUUAAAAGUACAUAAUUUGUAAAUAUGUCGAGUAAAAACAAAUCUCUUGAUGGUGCCAAUAAGAUUAAAGUAAGCGAAUCAGUAUGGAAAAAGACAUUAACUGCCAAUGCAGAAUGGCCAGAUAAGGAAGAGUUUUUGGACGUCAUUUAUUGGAUGCGGCAAGCUAUUGGCAUAAUUUUAGGCCUAUGUUGGGGUCUUCUACCGCUGAAGGGGAUUGUGGGGUUAUUACUAUUUGUGGUUGUGAAUGCUGCAGUGAUAUACUUUUAUGUGAACAAUUUCCAAAGUAUAGAUGAAGAGGAAUAUGGUGGCAUGUGGGAGAUCACUAAAGAAGGAUUUAUGACUUCAUUUGCUGGGUUUUUGGUUACAUGGAUCAUUAUGUACACUGGACUACACGGGAAUGAUAGUUUAUGAGACUCAAAGUAAUAAUAACUAGUGACUAGACUUAAUGCAGAGAGACCCAGUACAAAAGAGUUGGAGAUCACAUGUUCAGCCAAAUGUGUGACUGUAUUGACCAUUAAGAACAGUACUAUUACACUGUACAUUGCAUAUGUUGAAACAAUCUUGUUCACUGAUAUUACCUCAAAAUGUUUGUCAUUUAUGUUACAAUUGUUUAACAUAGAAAUGUGAUAUACUAGAAUCCAUUUUACAUGUAUAAUGUAUCUUUGGUAGACGCAUAGAUAUUCUGUUGAAAUGUUACUUUCCAUCAUGUACAUUGAUACUGGGGCAAUCAUUGAAUAUAUUAUAUCUAUCUAUGUCAGUCCAAGUUCACCCAUCAUUGGGUAUAGGCCGCUUUAUGACUUCGUCAAAUGAUCAGAUCCUUCACCAUGCAUAUUGAGGUCUUUAUAAUAUUAAUAUUAUAUUGUGUUAUAAUAUUAUACUGGCAAACUAUACUCAAAUUAAUAUUAUUUAGAAAAUUCCUAAUGGUCUGAAAUUUCCACUUAUAAUUAAUUAUAAAUGGUAAUUCUUCAUAUACUUCUAUAAUAAUUAUAACAAAUAGUUCAUUCAUCUAAUUGACUAUUUCCUAAAUGAGAAUCCAUAAAUGGAGCACAAAAUUAACGAAGAUAAUUAAGCAAAAUAUUUCUUAUAAUAAUUCUGUAAUUUGACAUAAUUCAAAUUAAAUUAUAAAAUUUUGAAGUAUUUCUGUAGAAAUAAUUGCUCUAGUAUGGUUAUGUUGGUGGUUUAUAUAAAAUAAACACUGCUAUGAUUUAAGUAAACUCACUAUUUUAACCCAAAAUUAUUUCAAAUUGGCCAGUAUUUAUUUAUCUCCACUUCAGCCAUUUAAUUUUAAAUUGUUGAUCAAUUGGAUGCAUGCAAAUAUGAAUCGUUUUACGGUCCUAUUACGAUUUACCAAAGUAGCUAGUUAGAUGCUUAAAUGCGAAAAAUUUCUUUAAAAUAAGAAAAUGCUUAUUGUUUUUAUACAGUAUUCUGUAUUUUCUUUAUGUAUACAAAACUAGAUAUUGAAACAUCGAUCAAUGUCAUUAUUUUUAUUUAAAAUGAAAUCGCGUGGUUGUAACUUUGGGAGUAUGUGAAAAUAUGAUUGAUGUCACACCCUUAGAAAUCAUCAAUCAUUAUCUGUCCACUGAUGGACAUAGGCCUUUCCCAUAGACUGACAUAAAGAACAGAGCCGUUCCAUAUGCCAGUUUAUCAUUAAUGGUAUUUUGCCAAAAGUUGGGAUGCUGCUGCUCAUCUCUUGACUAUUAAGUUCCCUAUUCGCCUUUUACGGCACCCAUGGAAAGGGGGUGGCCCAAUCUAUGCCGGGACUACAUGGCACCAUUUUAUAUUUAAGAAAAAAAAAUUGUGUUUCUUAGGACAUUACAUGGUCAAACAAAAUUGAUAUAUAACUAAAACAUUAUUUCAAAUUUCGAGUUUUGAUCUUUUAAGGGGUGCGAUGUAUCAAAAUGCUAUAAAUAGGUCUAAAUAAAUAAAAUAAUGUAUUGUGUAUUUAUGAAAACAAGUGACAUGUUUAAAUACAGAAUUUGAGAGUUCCAGAACAAUAUUUUGUGGGUUUUUUGUGUUACAAAUGUAUUUUAUAUUAUUAAUUUCAAAUCAUAUUUUUUUCGUUUUAUUUAUUGGUGUUGGCAAGAUUAAUUUUAUUUUGAGUGAAAUGAUGUAUUUAUAUAAGCUUAAUUAUGUAAGUAAUUGUUAAGUUUUAUCAAUCUUAUAAUACUCCUUGGAGUUGUGUUUCAACAACAGUGGAAUGUUCAAUUUAUCAUAAACCGAUGCAAUAAUAAAUUUAUAUUAAGCCAAACAUUGUACAAACUUAUUUGUUGCUCGAAGUUGACCCCAUUAGUUUUGAAAAAAAUAUUGAAAUGGUUGAUCGAAAUAAAGUUUUUAUAACUUUUAGCAUUUUUCUUUUGUAUAAACAAGUAUAAAAUUGAUAUACACAGUAAUUCUAUUUUUUUGGUGUAAUAAAUUAAAUAAUACCAGAAAAGUCUA